UAGGGACACCAGGCAGCUGCGAGACAGACAGACAGACAGACAGACAGACAGACAGACACAGACAUAUGCAUAAAUAACACAGCCGGACAAGCAAGCCAGCUAUCGUGACCUGACCUCUGCACCCUGGCAUCUGGUGACCUGCCAUGACCUCUGCCGAUCUCUGAAGACUCUAGCGACCUCUGGCGACCUCUGACGACCUCUGAAGACUCUGGUGACCUCUGGACCUCUGAAGACCUCUGACGUGACAUCUGGCGACAUCUGAAGACUUCUGGUGACCUCUGAUGACCUCUAGUGACCUCUGGUGACCUCUGGUGACCUCUCCGUCUGGUCGCCGCCCAUGCUUUUGCCGCUCUGCCGGCGCCGGGCUAUUCAGACUAUGAAAUAUUCGAAGCACAUUGUUGUAUGGCUGGCGCUCAUCACGCUCGUAAAGAUCCACGUUAGUUCGGAAACACCACACAAAGCUGCUCUCGUUUGGAAUGAUGAACGCACCACGAAAUCGGUGGUUUCGACCACCACGACUACAACGACUCGACAAACGACCACACCUUGGACCGGCGAAGAAGCUCCGGAGCUGAUCCCCUGGCAGCUAUUCAACUCCCGAUCUCUCUGGGACAUUGGACACCAGUCUCCUCAACAGACCCUCUCCGGUCCCCUUCUCUACGACGUCCGCUCCGCCGUGGAUGCUGCCAUCGCGCGACUGAACCAGGAGAUCUCGGCGGCAGUCAGUCGUGAAAAUCGCAAACCCUACACGAGGGCUGACUUACUGGACGGAAGGCACAGAUAUCUGCCCGGUCUCGGGUCAGAGUAUGUGAUCAACUUCGUCGGCAGGGGGUCGGUGAGAACGGAGACGGUACGACUGAAGCGGCCGGUGGGUCAGCUGAUGUCUUCGAAAUCGAAGAGCGGCUCUGGGGAGGUUAUAAGACUUGUGGUACCCUACUAUCACGAGCCGAAGACUUUCGGCGCGUUCUUGGCUAACCUGGCACACCUAAUAUUAGAAAAGAACGAACCCCUUGAGCUGCUCCUCAUCUUUUACUGGCGCGGAUCUCCGGCAGCAGAAGCCUCUGAAGUCUUGCGCGACAGGAAACGCGUCGGGGCGGCUCUCGACAAACUGAACCACCACGCCGGCCGCACUGUGGCGCGUUUGGUCGACGAAAAGAGACUAUUCUCUCGCGGCCAUGCCCUGCUGCGAGGCGCCGAGCAGCCCGGUGCCAACGGCGGCGACGUUCUACUCUUCUUCUGUGACGUCGACAUGUUCAUCAGUACUGACACGCUGCGACGCUGUCGCACCAACGCCAUACCGGGAAAGAGUGUGUACUACCCAAUCGUCUUCAGCACGUAUAACCCGUCGCUGCGUGCCAUGGCCUGGGACAAACCUCUAGAAUCUCCCUGGAAGUAUCAUCCCGUCACACGAGAUGUAGGUUUUUGGAGAGACUUUGGAUACGGCAUGACGUGCCAGUAUCGCUCCGAUUUCCGUCGCGCGGCAGGGAAAUAUCUCAUCUCUAACACAUGGGGUGGUGAAGAUGUGCACCUCUUCAAACACCACCGCCGAACGGGGAUCGAGGUGGUGCGUGCACCAGACCCCGGACUGGUGCACGUGCACCACCGUGCCAGGUGUGACACCAGUCUGACACCAGGUGGUGCGGGCUGGUGCGGCGGCUCGCAACUACUCACGGAGGCCUCGGCGGGCACAUGGACACGAUGGGUACACAAAAUGCAACAGGGACGUCUGAGUCUGGUAGUGCCUGAGGAGUAAAUGUCGCUGAAAAAAUAUCGAUGCUUGUCCUGUAAUAAUGUUAGUAAGCGCUUUCUUGAGGCUCAUUGUAAAAAUAUGAAGAU